GGAUGUUUUCUGUGAUUUAAUAUCCGGGUGUUGGGAGAAACGUUUGCAUCAUCAGUAGCUCUAAACUAGAAGGCUGUCGUUGAAACACCUAACGUUAUUCGCCAUUCAUCUAUAACCACGUAACGUAAAGCAGUUAAAGUAACAACGAGACGGGAGAAAUUGCAAACCUGCAAAACCGAUAUGCCGGGCGACUUGGAUCUCUCACCCCCAGAGGUACCCGAACCAACCUUCCUGGAGAGCCUCCUGCGAUAUGGUCUAUUUUUGGGUGCGGUUUUCCAGCUAAUUUGCAUUCUUGCCGUGAUAAUACCCUCAUCCAAGAGUCACCACGAACAGGAGGUUGAACCCCAGGACACACGGGUCGGUGACCAGGCCAGGAAACCCAAAGGACCUGUCCCGCAGAUUCGGCAGAAAGUAAAGAAGGAGAGCAAAAAGAAGAGAUAACUGAGGAGCUGAGCAUGGCCUGCAUGUGGCUGUUGUGUGCAUACUGACUCGAAAAUCAAAAGACUUUUCAAGAAGAAUAUUUUUGGCUGGUAGUGGUUUAUUUGGUUCUUUUUCAGUUCUUUUAUUAUACAUUAAGGCUUCUGAAAUUGAGUCCACAGGCCAUUGCUUUGGAUUGCCAGUAAGGCCCGAAACAUACCCUACACAAGUUUGUGAGUGCAAAUGACAACACCAGGCCGACGCAAUGCACACUCAUGGUCCGGGUUGUAUAUACUCAACUUGCGUACUUGUGUCCCUGUGGAAGUAAUAAACCAGUCCUCAAGGGGGCGAUCCAGGACAGCUGUGAGACUGGGCGGAAGAAAGCACAAAUGGAACAAGAUGGGUUCAUCCUAUGAUUGCUAAAGUGCCCCUUGCGACUCGUGCUUGCCUCGCGUUAAGAGUUUCAGGUGACACAUUUCAGAACACGAUGCGUGAAAUGGACUUGGCUUAGGUCUAAGUGACUGCGUUCGCCUACUUGCGUGGGGUAUGUUUCAGGCCUAAGUCUUGAUCCAGAAGUAAGGGAGUCUGAGAAGGAGAAAGCAAUAACCAGCCUUUGGAGAAGGUGUGUAGUUUGCAACACAGAAAAGCAAUGAACACCCAUUGAGAAACAUUUGUGACAUGUUGAACCGUUUCACUGUAUCAUGGUCAGUUACACUUGAAAGCAAUUACGCAAGUCUCCACCAAGACUUGUUUGUCAAAAUUCAUAUUUUGCCGUCUGACCUUUGUUAAAGUGGCCGUGCAUCUGCUUUUUUCAUUUGCCACUAAAAUCAAUGUACAAAUUGAUUUAGAAUUAUAAUAAAGUGUUUUGAGUUUUCCACCAUAAA